CUGCUCUGGUGGUUCUCCAUUCUUGCGCCUCCUUUGGUAAGGGAGAGCAUGAAACCAAUCCGAAAAUAUGUGGAUGUGUGCAACCCUCUGCUACCUGGAUACACAGGCUACAUCCCUCAAAGAUGCUAUAGAGUUGGCACUAGUUAUGGAAACGAUUCAUUGGUGUGCAUGACCUCCAUGUACAAUGCUGUCCAAAGAAACAACGACAUGAAGGAUGAGCUAAGAUACAUAGCAGCCACUACACCCCGACUUCCACCUAUCUGCUGCAAUGAAGAUGUUUUACAAGCCCUUUAUGAGUAUAAUUAUAAACACCAUCCUUAUAUGCUAGGGACUAAGGAAACUAAGAGAAGCUUACUAGAGCCACCAAUUCCAGGCUGGACUGGGUUUGUGCCUAGAGCUAAGGUCACUGAUCUUGGAGAUGGUGUCCGCUACCAUGAGAUGGCCAAGAAUUGCUAUCAGGAUUUUAAGAACAUAAUAGAUCAAGUCACGUGUGAUCCUUCUAGUAAAAUAAACAAAGGCGAGAAGCCCAACGUUGAAGUUAGCCACGUUCCAAAGGUGUACCACAGAUCCUACAGGCCUGAAGGGAUGAUACCAAAAUACACUGGUCACGUUCCACAUCAACAUCUUACUGUUGGAAAAACCUAUGGAAACUUGUGCCGAAGCUGCUCUGCGUGCAGUCACAAGGAGGCGUGCUAUGGCGCAUAUCUCACUAAGAAACAUCGUGCCGAAUGGAAGCACCAGAAGAACAGGGAAUGUGACGUGAAGAGCUGA